AUGGACAAAAUUAGGAAGGUCGUCCUUUUCGUGAGACUUGUAGGAUACUCGCUACGGCUUUAUGCGGACUUUUUCUCCCGAUCUUACACGGCCAAGAAGCUUCCCGCCGGUCCCGCAUCGAAGAACGGCGAACCGAUCAACAUCGUAGUCAUCGGUGCUUCUUUUGCCGGGUACCAUGCUGCCAGAGUAAUUGCAACCUCUCUUCCCGCAGACGGUCCGUACCGACUCAUUAUUGUCGAGCCGAAUCAACAUUGGCAAUUCACCUGGACGUUGCCACGCUUCUGUGUCAUUGAGGGACAUGAGCACAAGACAUUCAUCCCCUAUGGCCCUCAUUUGCCAGCGGGCUUGGAGAAGGUUGUACGAUGGGUUCACGAUCGCGUCUCCACGAUUACCGAGAAUAUUGUGACGAUACAAGGCACAGGAGAGAAUAUUCCAUACUCGUACAUGGUCAUCGCAACUGGAUCAGGCGUUGGAAUGUCAUUGCCGUCAAGAGUAGGCUCAACAGAUAAAGCCGGAGGAACCAAGCUGCUGCAAGGUUUCCAGCAACGCAUCAAAGCUGCCAAGAAUCUUGUUGUCGUUGGUGGAGGAGCUGCGGGUGUCGAACUCGCCACGGAUGCCAAAGACCAAUAUCCGGAUAAGGACGUCACGUUGAUCCACUCGAGAGGCGCAAUCAUGAACCGCUUCGGUCAUGACUUGCAGGCUGGAGCUCUCGCGGGAUUGAAGGACCUCGGGGUUGAAGUCAUACUCGGAGAACGGACAACAUCCGAAGAGCCUGUAGAUGGGUUCGUCACGCUUCACUCUGGGCGAAAAGUCGAAUGCGACUUCAUGGUGAGCGACAGCGCUGCCGCCAAAGCAAACAAACAAAUCAACGCCAAGAUUUGA